GUUGGUACCAAUGAUAGCGGGAACAGUAGCUGUCAUAUGUCAUAUAUUAGGCUUGUCAAGCGAAAAAAUCCAUUUUCCUUUUAAUUUUUCUAUGACAUUAUCCAUUUUGCAUUCAUAUUUGUAGUUGUAUACGUACGUUUAUCGUUUAUAUUUUUUGAGUGAAUAUAAUAAAAGUUCGUUAAAACAAAAUAAUGGGUGACGAGUGGGAUUCUUCAAGCCAAACGUACUCGAGAGGAAAUAGACGAGAUGGAGGUGGUGGCGGCGGCUAUGGCAGCGGAGGCGGUGGUAGUGGAUACAGAGAAGGAAGAAGAGACGAUGGAUAUAGAAACUCGAAUUCAGGCGGCCAAAAUUGGAGAGACGACAAAUUCGAAGUAAUGUACGUUCCGUCAAUGAAAGUUGGCAGAGUUAUUGGACGCGGAGGAUCAAAAAUCAAUGAACUACAAAGUGAAUCAGGGGCAAGGAUACAAGUCACUAAGGAUAUUGAAGGAGAAGACACUCUAGUAAAGCUUUUUGGAGAUGAAUCUUGUAUAACUAAAGCAAAAGAAUUAAUAACUGAGUUGACUACAGAGUACAGACAAUAUUAAAUUAAAGUUGUGUCCAUAUUUGG